UACACGCCACCACAUCCCAAAGGACUGCUUUCUUCAUAGUCACCGCCAUGAAAACCUCAAAUCUUACACAGUUCUGUAUCCUGAUUAAAUUGUUUCGAAACAAUAUAAACACCCGACUUUAAAUUGUCGAGAAAGAACGGGUGCACCCAAUUUUCCUUUUCUCCUGUCUUCCUCACGCCGUCUCAACCAGAAGAGAAGUGCACGAAAUUGGCGGGCCAACACAGCCACUUGGGAUGAUGUGAUCAACUAAUCCACCCUUUAGUUUCCUCAGUGUGCGCCUGCGUGUUUGGAAACCAGUUGUCUGCUUGAAAUCGGCAAUAUUUCUCGGAAAUCGCUGUUGCCAGUUUCUUUGGUGUGCGCCGGCCUAACAUGAACUCUAGUUUAUAACAAAUCUCGAAAAUCGCGGUUGCUUUGCCGUUUCCUCAAUUUGCGCUGUUCCUUCAAGUGACAUGUGUUUAACUCUGGCUGAUAACAGUUCUCGGAAAUUGCGGUCGCGUUGCGGUUGCCACUUUCCUUGGUGUACCCUCGCCAAAGAGAUACAUUCAAAAACAGCGGGGAGACUCCUGUUGUAGAAUACGAUGUGCAUUGUUAGUGAGUGGUUUUAAUGAGUGAAAUCCAACAAGAAUUAAAUAAUCUGAAGAUCAUAACAUGGAAUGUAAAUGGCAUUCGUUCUCUCUACAAAGAUGCCGUUGCCAUGAAGCAAGGACUUGAUUCGUUAGGUGGCGAUAUCAUUUGUCUUCAGGAAACUAGAAUUACACGAAGUUCCCUUGAUGAAGGAACAGCAAUUGUUGAUGGUUACAACUCAUACUAUGGAUUUCCAAGGAGCAAAAGUGGUUAUUCAGGCGUGGCAACAUACUGUAAGAAUGCUUUUACUCCAUUUCGAGCAGAAGAAGGUUUGUCAGGCCUCUUUGCUUCCUCUGAUGCUAUGGAUAGUGUUGGUUGCUAUGGCAGCAUUAGAGCAGAAUUCUCAAAGAUGGAACUUAAAGAACUGGAUUUUGAAGGACGAGCUGUCAUUACCCAGCAUAAAAUUAGAAUGUCCGAUUCAGAAGAGAAAACACUGACAAUUGUCAAUGUUUACUGUCCACGAGCUGAUCUGGACAAUGCAAAAAGGCUCCAAGUCAAGCUGAGAUUUUAUCAUCUUCUUGAAAUUCGAACAAGGGCUCUGUUGGAAUCUGGCAGCUUUGUAAUUAUAGUUGGUGAUAUAAACACAUGUCACAAGCCCAUUGAUCACUGUGAUCCAUCAGAUGUGGAGGAGUUCAACAAGAAUCCAUGUCGCAUGUGGUUGAGUCGUAUAAUAUAUGAUCCAAGUUCGGAGGAAAAUACAAAUAAUGUGAAUAUGAGCUCAUUUAGUUUGAUUGAUGCAUUCCGCUUUGUAAAUCCUGAAGAAGAAAAUGCCUUUACCUGUUGGUGCACCCGGUUAAAUGCCCGAUCCACAAAUUAUGGAACUCGAAUAGACUAUAUUCUAAUUGACCAGAGACUUGGAGGUGAAAUAGAUGACUGUGUCAUACUCAAGGAUGUGCUUGGAAGUGAUCAUUGUCCUGUUAAAGCUGUCAUUGAUUUAAAAUUUGUCAGAGCACCAAAAUGUCCUUCAUUUUGUACAAAAUACUAUCAAGAAUUUUCUGGCACUCAGAAAAAGUUAUCUGAAUUUUUCAGCAAUGAAUCCUCCAAUCAGGAACUUUGCAUGGGCACUACAUUAAGUUGUAAAUAUGAUACAUCGGUAGCAUCUGUUAAACGCAAGAUGUUGGAUACUAAAGUAAAACACAAGAGGUCAAAGAGUGAUACAAGAAAGCAGAAGGGAAUCACAAAUUAUUUUCAGCUCUUGCCAUCUGGAACUCAAAUUAGGGACUCUUGUGGAAGUGCUGAUUUGGAUGAUCAAGGUUCUGGUAAUAGAUCAAGCCUGGAAUCACUGAGUUUUUUGGGUGAAGUCUCUCCAGAUACUUUUGAAUCUACAUCUUUUGAACCACUUGCCGUCCAUGAUGAACAGAGUAGUGUGGAUAUGGCAGAAGAAAAAUUUCCAACUACCAUGUUUAACGACAUUGUAGGACAACAAAGUUUUUGCACUGCUGCAGGACCUGAAAAGAAAGCAGCGUCUGAUUUAUGGAGAAGUAUGCUUACUGGACCAAAGCCGCCUCCAAAGUGCAAAGGUCACAGGGAGCCCUGCGUUCAGAGGUGUGUAAAAAAGAAAGGACCAAAUUUCGGUCAUAAGUUUUGGGUUUGUGCAAGAGGUGAAGGGCGUAGCAACGACCCAUCUGCAAGAUGUGAUUACUUCCUGUGGGAUUCGAAGAGGUAAAGAAUAUAGUUGUGUUAUGUAUGCAUGUUUAUCCCAUUGAAUAAUAUGUGAUUUGGGAGCCAUGAUUGCAAAUAUGUCUUUACAUAUGAAAACGGUUUUUAAUUAAAGUUUUUAUAUGGUACUUGCUGUACCCUGUGUACUUGGAACGGGAGGUCGUUGUAGCAUGGACAUAUUAUGAGUAAUAUGCAGGUCCAACUUACGCCCCACAGUUCUGCUACUGUUUUAGCACUUUGGAAUGGGUUUUUCUUAUACCAUUAAGAUUACAGUAUUAAGAUGUGACACCGUGAUGUAGUUCAGUAUAUAGGCAACCUGCUGCCUCCAUCUUCAGGGUAGAAGAUUAGGCCUUGUAGAAAAAAAGUGGUAUGGAUGUAGGGAAGGGAGAAUCAGUAAGAUGUCCUGUAGCCAUACCAUUUUUUUCACCACAGUUUUUGGUUUUCUGCCCUGAAGUUGGAGGCACCAAGUUUGUUCAGAAUGUUGGUAACCAUUACCAUAUUGCAUGGUGUCACAUCGCAGAAGACCAUAAUAUUAAUAUUAACUUCUGUCAGAAUAUCAAAUAUUUUUAUAACUUGAUUUCAGGAGACUGUUUCAUCAGUGUACUUGUAUUAUUUGCAUGUUUUAAAUGUCUGGUACUUGUGAAUAAAGAUUUAUGAGCAAGA